GGGGCACAUGGUUUUCAUUAGUUUGUUUAGUUUAUAUGUAUAAAUCACAAUAUUACCAAGCCAUCCACUGAAUUUUCGCAAACAUGUAAUUUCUUCUCCUUUUAUUUGUUUUGCUCGAUUAGAAAAAAGGCUGACUUAUCAAAAUCACGAAAAAUAAAGUAACUGUUUUGAAAAGACGCCACCUUCAGUAUUCAAUUAGCCUUGGUUAUAAUAUAUACAUGAAUUCGCUUUGCGUGGUGCACUGGAUGUGGAGAGAUUUCGUGCAAGAGAAAUCUUUAUUUCGUGUGUUACCAUAAAAUCCUUUAUUAUCUAAUACUUUUUAAAUUUAUGGAUUUAGUAGAACAAAGAGUACAAUAUGAAGUUCCAAAUUGCUUUGAUGGCGAAGUUGUAUAUGGUGACAAGUUACUGGUCAAUCGCAAACGUCGUUGUAUUGUUUUGGCGCGUAAUUUGAAAUUAUAUGAAUUUUGCAAGAAACAACUUGUUAACAGCAUUGAUUUGUCUAAGACUUGCUUGAAAAAGGUUGGUAAAAAUGUGCAAGACUACAAAGGGCCAAAAGGAAAAUGGUUUAAAAGUAUUGGCACUCGAAGUGGAGAAUCUUUCGGCAGCACAGUAAAACCAAUGGGGCUAAUGGAAACUUCAGAACUACAGAACUCUGUCCUACUGGAAGAGAAAACCAUUGCUAAUGUAAAUAUUACCUUUGGAAAAUAUGUUUACAGAAAUUUUGAUAUCAACAAAGUAUAUUUGUUAAUACAUUGUUGGGAUAAAUUGGUAGUAGUUGACCUACCUGAUUAUAGCUUUAUAACAGAGAACGAAGGUGUUAAAAGUUUUCGAAUAGUACAUGGUAAAGGAAAGUUUGAAGCUAUGCUGGAGAUUCAAUUUGAAAAUGGUGAAUCCCAAUGCACGGACUUUCAAAAACAUGAAAAGUUGGUGAACCGAACAUCUCCUUGUAACAUUGCUAGUGAUAGGAAUAGUUUAAAACAGCUGCUGGAACGAGCACGGUGCUCCCAGGCAGAACUUCAACUGCAUAAGUCGAUCACGCAGAAAGAAUUUGAUGUAUUACGUGAUGAGAAAACGUUUGGCUGUAACUAUAUUCGGAGUGAUCAGUUAGAGGAAAAACACAUGAUUUCCCGGUGUGGUGACAUUUGGUUACGAUUCGUAACAAAUGAUACUAUGGUAUUUGGUGUGCCACUGGUUAAUAACUGUUCUUCAAAUAGCCUAACAAUACUUAAAAAUUUAAAACCAAUUUUAAAGAUAAAUGACUCCUCUGUAGAAAACAUCAUUUACAAAUACCGUUUAUAUCAACUACAGCUAUUUUUUGAGGAUUUAGACACAAUGGAAACAUUUUUUCAGAUUGAAGAUGAAGAAUUACGAACCGCUGCACAGCCUUGGGUGAAUUGUGAAUUACCGCAAUUGCUGCCAGCUUCCUUUGCUGUACUAUUAAUUGGCAUAAAAACUUCCCAAAUACUUCUAGUCGAGGACUGUCCUUUACUUUUAUAUUUUGAAGUCGAAAAAGAUCUACCACGUCGUCAUGGUCAUCACAUGAAAACCGUUAUUUAUGAGCAACAUCUUUUUUUGAAAUCUUUAAAAAUUUCGCAUAUACUUCUCAACCGGGGGAAACAUGAACUUAAUUUUAGUUCACCGAGUUGUCAUCAGGACUUCCUGGCUACUGCAUUUAUAAACAAAGAGGCAACUCUCCGCAUCCAAUUCGCUUCUGUGCCAAAUGCUUCUAUAUUCGAGCAAUUAAUUGCUGAAAAAUUUAAUUUCAAUAAAGUUGAAAGAAAAUUAACUCCUCAUGGAUAUAAAGCUAACAAUGAAAAUGCAUCUAAGUCAGAACAAGUGGAAGAUAAGUUAAUUCGAAAACCUUUUGUUUUGAGCAUAUUUUUUAACAAAGAUCCUACGUCGCUGUGGUUUGGUUCUAUGAUUUUACAAACAAUUUCAGAUGUUGAAGAUAUUCAAACUUGGAAACUAUAUUUAUACAACAAAGAAAAGACAUUCGUUUGCCUGAAAUUGCUGUUCAAUGAGCUCAUGAUGGUUAAUUGCCAGAUCAAACACAUGGAAUAUUUCGAUAAAACACAUGAUACCACUGAUAGUUCUUUUCUCAAAAUUAAAAAUGCGCUUAUUGGUGAAUACGAGAGUUUGAAACAUUUGAAUGAUCGCACUGAUGCGGGUGAGAAGAAAAAAAUGUUUGAAAAAUUGAUGAAAGCCCAAAUUAAUUCGGAUAUAUUGGUAACAAGUGUAACGUGAUUGGAAAAGGCUAAGGCGUGCGCUGACUAUGUAUUUAUAGAUAAGCAUAUUUUGCAUUUUUGUACAUAUAAAGAGCUUAACAUUUUUUGAUAUUAUACUCUAUGCCAAUCAUCACAAUAAAACACUUAGCAAUUGUAAAUUAAAUAUAUUAAAAAAGCUUAUGGCUAAAACUUUU